UUACAGGGAAUUUAGGGCCCUCGCCCUUGAAGUAGACCUUGACGAGUAGCUCAAAGUGGCCGACCACGUCCACCGGACUCGUCUGUGUGUAGCCGCACAUGCAGAGCUUGCCGUCUAUGGUGGCACAGAGGACGAUGUGCUUCUCGACGCGGGCACAAAGUGGAAUACAUAUAUGCGGACAUCCUGGUAGAUGGACUUCUUGGAGACGAGCGUGUACUGAACCGGCCUGCGCUCAGCCUCACGGAUGGCGGCGAAGUGAGAGAGGUCGGGCGCGCCGUGGAUGGAGGCGUCACAGACGACGCCAGAGGGGCAGCAAGUUCCAUUCAUGUGUUUUUCACCCUAACUAUCCUAAGGUGCUCAUAAUUGGUUGCUACCAGUCUCUAGAAUUUUGGGACAUGGAGAAGAACAAGACCAUGACUCGUACUGCUCAUGAAGGUCUGAUUGCAGCUUUGGCAGCUUCAAAUGUGACCAGAGUAAUUGCAUCAGCCAGUCACGAUAAAUUUGUAAAGCUCUGGAAGUAGCCAAACGGUACGAUGAUGCAAUCACUCGA